ACACGCCCCAUGUGAGCGCGUUCAAGUAUUUUUCUCUCUGAACAAUAAUGUUCUAUGAGACUUCUAAGCUGCCCAUGACUCAUGCCCAAUUUAAAAUGAGAAAGGAAAUAAUUUGACAUAGAGGUGAUUGACAAACAUAUGGCUAUUCUCAAAUUGUAGCCUCAAUUUUUUUGACUUGGUUUCAAAUAUUGGAUGGUGGAGAUGUCUGUUCAACAUGAAAAUUCUGAUGCCAAUGGUGUAUCAGGAUCAGGAUCUUGCCUUUAUGAUCUCUUAUGUUCUGAAACACCAAGUUUGAAUAGUCAAGUUCUUAGAGAUCGAUGGAUGUCUUCCGGUCCACAAAAAAGGCUAGAUAAUUUGAUGCGUCAAGCUGGGAACAAGUAUUGUGCCGACUGUGGAUCAUCAGACCCAAAAUGGGUGUCUUCAAAUAAUGGAGUAUUUAUUUGCAUCAAAUGCUCUGGUGUACAUAGAAGCCUAGGUGUCCAUAUAUCAAAGGUUCUAUCACUAAAGCUAGAUGAAUGGACAGAUGAACAAGUUGAUGCAUUGGUGAAUUUGGGUGGAAAUACAGUAAUUAAUAUGAAGUAUGAAGCUUGCCUUCCAAGUAACAUAAAAAAGCCAAAACCAAAUUCUUCCAUUGAGGAGCGCUAUGAUUUUAUUAGGAGAAAAUAUGAGUUUCUACAGUUUUUGAAUAUUGAAGAGAAUUUGUCUUGUCCCUUUGUACCAUCUCAUGCAAGAAGUUCCUCAAGCAACAAAUUUCCACAAGACAAAAAACACUAUGAUAAACAAGCAACUAAAAGUCGUAUUGGGAGCGCAUUUCGAAAUAGUUGGGGAAGAAAAGAUUCUGAACAUAAGAGUUCAAAGAAGAGCAACUCAUUGGCAGGUAUGGUUGAAUUUAUUGGGUUGAUCAAGGUCAAUGUGGUUAAAGGCACUAACCUUGCUAUCCGUGAUGUAAUGAGUAGUGACCCUUAUGUCAUCAUAUCUCUUGGUCACCAAUCAGUGAAGACACGUGUCAUAAAGAGUAGUUUAAAUCCAAUUUGGAAUGAAAGCUUAAUGUUGUCAAUUCCUGAUCACAUUCCACCUCUUAAAGUGCUUGUGUAUGACAAAGAUACUUUCUCAACGGAUGAUUUUAUGGGCGAGGCUGAAAUUGACAUCCAACCUCUAGUUUCAGCUGCAAAGGCAUAUGAAAAAUCUUCAAUCAAUGAGUCCAUGCAGCUUGGAAAAUGGGUAGCAAGUGGCGACAACACUCUUGUUAAAGAUAGUAUCAUCUCCCUUGAAGAGGGGAAGGUCAAACAGGAGAUCUCAGUGAGACUUCAACAUGUUGAAAGAGGAGUGUUAGAGAUUGAACUCGAAUGUGUUCCUCUAACUCAAUAGUUGAGAUAGAUGUUAAGGGUCAAAACUUAGCAUAACACAAUUUGGAGCAUUAUCACUAUAGAUGUCCUUUCUCUGCUCUCCUUUGUACAAUAUGUUGUGACUGUGACCAUCCUUCUAUAAAUGAACAAAAUAUGAAAUAUCAAAAAGAGUUUAGGGGGAAAAAACUUAUUGAUUAA